AUGCCCCGCGACGCAGCUUCCCACCACGACAGCAGCUCGUCGUCCGGAUUCUCCAGCGACGAAGACGUAGAAGACGUACAGGACUGCCCGUCUGCCGCGUCACACGCUCCGAACGUGCACGUAGAGGUACUAGACGAGGCCCAUACAGACACCUCUCCGUUCCGUGCGUCCACACUUGACGCCCGUAUCGCUUCUUUGGAUGUCCGUCAAUGCUGUCGUGACGCCGUCGAGUCGAUCACUCGCAUGUCUCUGCCUCUGGACGUGUCCUAUGAGCAGUACGCGGCCGCACUUGACCACGUGACGCGCCAUUGGCCGUCUCUCGACACGGACUCGACAACUCACGACGUGGUCGAAGACCGACUUGGAUCGUAUGCUGCGCUUCGUGCUGCAGUCUAUCGGACGUUCCACCAGGCGUUUCCAUUGACUGAGGACAUGUACAUCCAGUGGAUCAGCGAUUGCCGUGCAAAAGGAGACUCUGCUGAGCAGAUCAUGUCACUCUUUGACCUGGCUCAACAAGACUAUUGGUCCGUGUCACUGACGUUGCAGUCUCUUCGGUCCAUUCGGGAUCAUGGCGACAGUGUGGAGCUGAAAGAUGCAAUGACGAAAGCACAGACGACAGUGGGGAUGCACUUUGCACGAGGACACGAGAUCUGGGCUCUAUGUCGGGAUCUCACGGCGGAGAUGUACGACGAACAGGACAAGCCACAGGGUGUCAAUUUGCGUAAGGAGAGAGCAAUUCGGGACCUGUUUUGUCGACAGAUGCAGCUACCGCUGGAGCAGAACGACCUGGUCAUGUCGGAGUUUCGCGCGUGGAACGCGUACAAUACACUCGAUGCAGAAGCCUCGGGAUCGGCAUUCCAAGCGGCGUCGGACCGACAGAGUAAGCUUUUUGGGCCAGUCAUGAAGAAAUUGCGUGGUUUCGAGGCGAAGGUACAAGUGGCGCGCGAUGCCACGACACCCGAACUGGCGUGGCAGCAGUACCUGAAUUUCGUCAAGCAUCGUGUUCUGCCAUUGAUGUCGGGUGAUGAGACUAAGUCAGAGGAAGCAAGACACAUCGUUGUGUGUUUGUACGAGAGAGCAGUGGCUACAGUGUGCCUUAGCUCUACGCUCUGGGCUAGUUAUCUCGAUUACGUGGAGUCCGGCCAGCUUGAGGCUGAUAAAUGGAAGUUGAGGGGUUGUGAGAAACUGACAAUCGCCCGAAGAGCCAUACGAAACGUGCCAUUUGACUCCUCCAUGUGGACUGAACUGUUGAUUGAGAUGGAGCGAAAGGGUGCACCUGCAGAGGAGAUUUCGCAGUUCGUGCGAAACGAGUUACUGGCUCGCUCAAGGUCACCUAUGGAUCAGUAUCAUUUGUUGAGCGUGCUACUCACAUGGUGUGACGUCAUGCGCCGUCAUAUUCACACUCUUGUCCACGAGCAGAUCCCUGCGAUCUCAAUACAGCAGGUCGAGUUACAGAUCGGUGGCGUGUUCUCAGAAUGCGAACAGUUUACGAGUGCAAACUUCCCAGACUUUGUUGAGGGCAAAUUGCGGCUGGCAGAAUACCAAGCGAAGUGUUAUUGGGCACUGAUGCCACCCGUUGAAGUGCCAGCACAUUCUCCUGCAACUGCAACGAAAGUGUCCAAACAAAUUGAAAGUUGGAAACAGACGCUUGCCACACCUCUAAGAAACCGAGUCGCAACGUGGCUCGCCUACUUGGAAUCGCUUCGACGCACGAAUGCAUUUUCAGCUGGUUGUAUACGUGCAAUGGUGUUUGAAAAGGCUGUGCAGUGUGUGACGGAUGUCCCUCUUGCGCUAGCUGAGGCAUGGCUUGUCUUUGAGCGUGAAUAUGGUGACUUCACAGGCUACCUACGUGCUCGGCGACAUCACGCAAAGUGCCAGGCACUUGUGCAAGCUAGUUCGGUACAAGUUGCUACACCCCCGACGAGUGCUCCGCACGGACAAGGAGAUAAAGCGAUAAAAAGCGGCAAGAAGCGUAAAGCUCCUGUUGAAGCCGAGCAAAAGAAGAAAGCGCAAAAACGACCGCUUGCAAAGCGUGCUAAGCUGGACGCUAGCAGCGCUAGAAAAGACGACGCUGAUGCCUUGGGUGUUGAGCAGAUGACAUCGGUGCAAAAAGCAGAGAAGAAGCAGGCACACGAAAAGUUGACAAACGCGCACACGCUUUUCUUGUGCAACGUGUCGAAGGAUGCCAGUAAAGAUGACAUCGAGGAGAUAUUCAGGGAUAUUCCAACGUUGAAGGACGUUCGACUUGUCGCGAAGAUGCGCGGCGAUCGGGUGAAAUCGCGUGGGAUGGCAUACGUGCAAUUUACGGACGACGCUGGAAUGGAGGCCGGACUCGAGAGGAACGGAUUCUUGCUUCACGAACAGCCUUUGCGUGUGGAGCGCUCGAAGCCGCCUGCAGGUACUUCCUCCGGUGGUGACGGGAACACAAAGCCUGGAGGCAAUGAAGGGUUUUGGAAGACCGAUCCAUUGACCUUUUACGCUGGCAACUUGAACCGUGAGGGGUCCAAGGACCAAGUGACCGAGGAGCAGCUGCAGGUCACGGUUCAGCAAGCAAUGCAGGCCGUGGGUGAGCUUGUGGGGGUAAGCCGUGUAUCCAUACUGAAAGACCGUCAUGGCAAGUUGAAGAACUACGGUCUCGUGGAAAUGGCCGAGCCUUUGCAUGUUGCGGUUUGCUUGGGCAAUGUGGCCGCGCUCCAGGAAAAACUAGGCGACCAAGUGACGCUGAAGCCAUCUCGCUUUUCGAUUUCCCAUAUCCUCGAGCAGCAGCAAAAGCAGCAUAUGCAGAAACAGCAGCGAAAAAUGGGUGCAAGCUCUGUCGAAAACCGCGGGGGAGCAGCGAGCAAAGGAGCAAAAGCGCUGCGUUCACGACCGUCUACACGCCUAGCUGUUUCGUCCAGUGCAUCAACGACAAGCUUGAUGCCACGCGCACUUCGUCGGAAGCUGGCUGUGCAACAGAACGAAGCAAGUAAAACGGAGGCUGAUGUCAGUCAUGGAAGUGUGACACCCAAGAGUAACGAAGACUUCCGCAAGAUGCUGUUCCAGAACAAAGCAUGA